AUGCAAGUUUGGAACAAAAUUUUCAAAGACGAUGAAUGGCUUAAUACGGUAAUGAACCAAACGUAUAUAUAUGUUUCGCCACUUAUCCCGGUUUUGAUAGGUUACGACAUUUUCAAGUUUUACAAAAGUAGCGACGAGCGAGUGUAUCUUUUAUUUACCGCAAACGAUUGGGGCGGCGAUAUUCAAUAUGCCCCGGAUAUUUGCCAUUCGUUUAGACCACAUAAAUAUGAUAAGGAAUCGCACGAAGUUAGUAUCGAAGGCACCAAAAUAACAAUCGUUUUGGAGCGCAAAUCCAAAGAUAAACCAAAGACCGCUAUUUUAUAUUAUAAUAAGGACGUACCUGUUCGAAUCGGUGAAAAUAAGAUAGGUGGAAUUAAGGAUAACGAUCGGCUGCUAGUUUAA